UCUGCCUUUUCCCCGCCCGCCGCCGCCGCUGCCCCUUCCUCGCAGUCGUCGUCGUUUCAUUUCGCUUAGCCAUGUCCUCCGAACCGGCCCCGGUUGCCGCAGCAAUCCCCCCCGAGCAAUCCUCAGUUAAGGCGGCGAGCAGCGGGGAGACCCCGGAGCAUCGGGCGCUGGUGCUGACGGGUUUCGGUGGCUACGAGAAGGUGAAGGUGCAGACGCGGCGGGGAGGCAACCCCGGGCCCGGGGAGCUCUCGGUGCGCGUCCAUGCGUGCGGCCUCAACUUCGCCGACGUGAUGAUGCGGCAGGGGCUGUACGACCGCUUGCCGUCUCUGCCUUUCUGCCCAGGGAUGGAGUGCGCCGGUACCGUGAGCGCCGUGGGCGAGGAGGUCCGCGACCGCCAGGUUGGUGAUAAGGUGAUGAUCCUGGCCAGAACUGGGCUCUGGCAAGAAGUUGUGAAUGUGCCCGCUGUGCAGACGUUCCUGAUGCCCGAGGGAAUGAGCUUUGAGGAAGCAGCUGCUCUUCCUGUCAACUACAUCACUGCCUACAUGAUCCUGUUUGACUUUGGCAACCUGAGACCCAACCAGAGUGUCCUCAUCCAUAUGGCUGCAGGUGGUGUGGGAACUGCUGCCAUCCAACUGUGCAAGACUGUAGAAAAUGUCACCAUUUUUGGCACUGCAUCUGCCUCCAAGCAUGAUUCACUCAGGGAGAGUGGAGUCGCUCACCCCAUUGACUACAGAACUAUGGAUUAUGCAGAGGAGGUCCGGAAAAUCUCUCCCAAAGGUGUUGACAUUGUCAUGGACCCGCUGGGCGGAUCUGACACAUCCAAAGCAUUUCACCUGCUGAAGCCAAUGGGUAAAGUCAUCACUUAUGGGGUAUCAAACCUGAUCACUGGGCAGAAGAAGAACCUUGUGGCCAUGGCUAAAACUUGGUGGAACCAGUUCAGCAUCAAUGCCAUACAGCUUCUGCACCAUAAUAAGGCUGUGUGUGGGUACGAUCUUGGAAAUAUGGAUGAAGAAUACAAACUUAUCACAGAUGUUCUACUCAAGCUGAUUAACCUGUACAAUCAAGGAAAGAUCAAGCCCAAAAUAGACUCUGUAUGGUCUUUCGAUCAGGUGGCAGAUGCCAUGAAACACAUGCAAGAGAAGAAGAAUGUUGGAAAGGUCAUCCUGGUUCCUGAGGCACCCAAGGAAGAAUCCAAAAAGGCAGAGAACUAAGGAGGAGAGAGAUGCGUGCAGAUUGUGAAUUCAUGGUUUAACUUGCUGCUCUCUUUGGGGCCUGGAAAUGGACAGAUCGGUAGCUUGCAUUAUUACCAGUAUAAGAACAUUGUGGUUAAAGCUCAGAUGAAGUUUGCAUGCUCUUGCUGUGACUGACCCUUUGCAGAUAUGCCUUCUGCCCUCGCUCUCUGUUUUGAAGCCUGGUUAUUUUGUACAUUUUUCUAAUCCCUUGUUUCCAUACCGAGUUCUCAACUAAUGUUAUUUUUUUUUCUGGCAGCAUAGCUGCAGCUUUGAAGCAGUUGAUGCUUAACAGCUGCAUAGAUUGUCACCAUGAGGAUGUAAAAUGCUGUACUGCCAGGCAUCUCCACAGACACCCAGCCCAUGCUGGAAUGCUUGCACUGUCACCUUUGAGAAGCAUGUUCAGCAGGAGAAGAGGCCAGGCUGAGAAUGCUUCUUAAUAGCCAGAGGAACAGCAUGGCUGCCUCAGUUUAGUUGCUGCCCUGGCUGAUCCUCUGUUCAUAUUAACUGUGCUUUCUUCCCUCAGCUUUCACAGGCCCCUAACACCAGUGAGAUAAUAGCAGAUCAUGUUGUCUUUGCCUUAUAAAUAACCAUCCUGGCAUUCUGGAGUCCAUAGGGUAUUGCAUUUAGUGUGUAGUCACUUCUCUGUGCGGUGUAUAAGGAACUUGGCAGGCUGUGCUGCUCUGUGAGUACAGAAGAAAAGUUUCAGUUGAGUAACCUGAUGUUGUUCAGUUAUUGAUUUCAAACUGUAAAAGGAGAUCUAAACUGUGUCUGAUUGUUAGAGAACAUAAGGAUUGAACUUUGUCUCAGAUGACUGGAAAGUUUGAUGUUGGAUCUAUGCUUUAUUAAUGUUGGUCUUCAAGUUGAUAUUGUUAAGACUAAACUUCACCCUUGUCUUCGUAUUUCCAAGAGCUGCAGUGUUGAAUCAGACUUCAGCAAGAUGGGACCAAAUAAGCCUGUGUUUUUGCUUGCUUUGUGCUGUGUCCUUGUGCUGAGGAGACAUUGCAAAGCAGCCUGCAAGAACAAUCCUGCCAGCCUGCUUUGUGGGGCUCUGGGUUCCAUGUGUAACAAAUCACCUGGUGUUACCUGUCAUUGAAUUAUCAGCUUAGGUGGCAAAAUGUCCAGCUCUGCUGAGCCUUUUGGCAUGGGUAUCUGGAACAGUUCCAGUCAGGCUUUCUGUUCCUUUCUAGUGAGCUCUCAGGCUAGGCUCUCUCACCUCAUGGUCAGUAGGGCUUCACACCUCUUCUCCUGGAGCUGCAAGCGUUGGGUCUCUGCCAGCUCCCUUCCAGCACUGGGGCUUUAAGAAAUGCUUAGGAUGCUCUUCCUGGGCUAGAAGUUACUCUUCCUCUUUUCUGUCUUCACUGUGUUUGGAAACAGAACUGUGCAGACACCCAAACCUAGUUCUGUGAGGACUUCCUCUUCUUGCUCCACCUGGCUUCCAGGCCUGGGUGACCACAGAGUGAUGUGUGCUUGCUUUAGCAGUUUGAGGCUUUGUCAUGGAUUAUAGAUGCUGCAGUGCUUUAGGCUCCAUUUGGGUUUUUAAAAGGUAAACUGAGGGCAUCAAGGAGCACGGCAUGUUGUGGGUGAGGUCAGGCUGCAGAAACAAAUAUUGACUGCUUGGAGUCUUGACUGUCCUGACUCCAAAGAGGGAAGGGGAUGCAUGGGCAAGUGGACCCAACGGUGAAGCCCUUCAUCUGCUGGAGAACAAACACUGUCGGGGGGGGGGAGGGGGGGGGGAGCAGUCCUAGGCAGAUUAAGUGUAUGUGUUCUUCCUCUCUGUUCCCAGACCAGUGCUGCAAGCAUCAGUUCAGCUUGAAUUUCAGGUGCUUAGCUCUGGUGCCUAUUAAAAUACAUGGGCAGAUACUCCAGAGGACUUAUUCUGCCUAGCUUUAACACAGCCCCAUUAUCUGUGGCCCUAAAGAAGGGCUGGAGUCCAGGCACAGACACCCAUUGUUCCAUCUGUUGCACAUGGAACACCACCACCACCAGUAUGGCCACAUGAAAUUCAGAAGCACAACUUCUGACGUAUCUGAAUCCAAAAUCUUGCUGUUUCUCCUUUCAACCUGCCCCCAUCAUGCUAAUUUGGAUUAAAUCCAAGAGUGUCUAAUGCAACUUUACCAAAUCUGACAACAGAAUGACCGUCUAAGUUGCUGCAAUGGAAAGUCUCCUUUGUGGAACCUGACUUCACCUUGAUAAAAGAGAAGCAUGCUAAAAAUGACAUACCACGCCACUCAUCUUCAGUUCUGCAGUUGUGAAAGGGAAAUCUAUGCAACUGUUUUACCAUAACAUCCUUUCCUUGCUUUACUGUCAGCCAAGAGCAUGCUCAGUGCCUUACUCGGAUGGCUUUGGAUUACUUGGAUUAGGCAGCACAGCAAGGUUUUCUCUGCCCAGGCCCUCUUCAUGGAAUGUAGAAGAGGAGUGGGAGUUCUGCAGUGUGCUGCAGGGCCCCUCUGCCUUGCUGCCUUAUGAUAUACACCAUAGAGUAGCAUCUUGGUGCUUUCUUUUGCAUGUCUGUAAGGACUAGGAAGUCACCCUCCUCUAUUCUGGCCUUUCAAAGUACUGCCAAAAAAAGGUUAUCGUUCUUGCUCUAGUUUGUGAACACCGUUCAGAGCUGGUCCUCAAGUGAGGCUUUAUCAGCUGUUCUACCUUGGCUCCUUGGAAAUAAUCAGGCUCUCUGUGCUCUUAGGGGGGCUGCUCAUGUGUUUGCUACCUGCAUGUGAGUGAAGGCCUUAUCAGGGUGUGAGUACUAAUCAAUUGCUAUAGCCUUCUGUUAGAGCUGAGCACUGUUUUUAUGUCCCUCAGUAUCAAUCGUGUUUUCUACAGACAGGCCAGGGUUAAUGCUCCGUUCUAGAUUUGUUUUAGUAGUCCUUAUUUUUACUUUUUUAAUGGAUAAACAUUUUGUGGAUCAAUAACCUGUGUAAAACAAUUUCAAGUGUCUUAAUGAAUUAAAGUUAACCAGCACGUUUGUACACUUAAGGACCAAAGCAAAACAAACAAAAGAAUCAUUCCAUUCAGUGUUGCUUAACUUUCUAGGGCAAAGUCAUACUAUCAAGGAAAUGGGAGAUGCCUGCUCUUAAAUUGUGUGUGCCAUUACUGCCAUCAGAAGUGCAAUUCAGUGUUGAUUUACAUUGUCUGAUCCAAAAGUUAUGCUACGAGGAGAAAUGGCCAGGUGAAAAGCAUGAGUAAUUCAAAGAAUCCCCCUGGCAGGAAUGCCUGUCCUAGUGCUACUCCAAUGUCAUUGCUAUAGUUGCAUUCCCAGACUGAUGCUUUUAGACUUGGGCAAAAUGCAACCCUUUGCUAUCAUCGAGCAACUUCCGUCACCUCUGACUCUUCAGUUUCUCUCUUGUUCAUUUGUGUUGCAUGCCAAGUGCAGGCGUAGGAAGGAAAGCAGCCUCACUUUGCUCAAAGGAACAUGACCCCCUAAGUGCUUUGGGCUGGCGAGGAGUUUAGCUGUGUAUUUUUUUUCCCACCUGUAUUAAACUAAAAUUGAGUGAUCAGUGACAAGAAAAAGGCAGUGUGAGCCGCAGGCUUUAAUCAGCACAGAAUGCUGGCCACUUGCAGCUGCUAUCAGGCAAAGUGUGAAAGCACUAUUGUUGCCUAAUGAAGUCUCUUCUGUAUGAAACCCUGUUGAUGGCAAAGUGACUGGCAAGUAGUACAUGAGCAUGAUGUGAAAUGCAUUAGACUGAGCCUCUUACAGCAUAUGGUCUGAUCUGCACUGUCUGAGUUAUGUUGAUGUGCAAAUGUGUGAUAUGAAUGAUGCUCACCCUACAGGCACUUGGAAAAUCUUUGUUUAAAAAAUGUAUUCUGCUUUGUAUAACCAAGUGAGACAGAAAGCAAGUGUGCCAAUGCUGUUUACAUGAUUAUAAUGUGUAAUGCUCCUCCAUCUAAUGUUUCCAUAUGCCUUAUGUGUUUAAAAUGUUAAUUAAAGCAUAACAAAACCCUCA